AUGGCAACUCACCUACAGACAAUCGUGACCGUCAAUGCUACCAUGACUCCUAUUACAGUAAAAUCUGAAAACGCAGAUGCAGCCUUACCUAAAGUAGUUUUUGCCAUAUUCGCAUCAUUAUCAGUCUUUGGCAAUACAUUGGUUUGCUGGGUAUUUUUAAAAAAUAGUCAAUUAUUACGCCUUGGAUCAACUAUCUUUAUCUUUAGCUUAGCCAUUGUAGAUAUCUUGACCGGAAUAUUAAUUCUUGGCACACCGACUUAUAACGGUAUCCAAAUACACAUGGAGGGUACCUCUGCAGCACUUUAUUGCUCUCUCGUCCAUUCUGAAUAUUUUAUCUGGACUUUUGGUAUUGCAUCUUGUUAUAUUAUUGCUGCUUUAAGUGUUGAACGAUUGUGCAUGGUCAGUGCUGCAGUCAAGUACAAACGUAUUUUUACUCCGAAUAAAACGAUCAUCUACAUUAUCUUGAUUAAUAUUUGGGCUGCUAUCUUAAAUGCGCCAAAUCUCUAUCAAUAUUAUUAUAAUUCAAAUGCAACCAACCUAGAAGAACAAUGUGGAUUCCGAGCUUUAUCUGAUGUUGAAGCUGUUAAUAGUGCAAUUUACUUCACUAGUUUUGUUAUACGUUUUGCCCUUCCCCUAGUUGUCAUGAUUUUUUGUUACACUGCAUUCAUGCGCAAAAUAAGAACUACAAUAACUGGUGUAUCUAAUGCUACUGAUAUUCAUACUAAUAAACGCAAUCGUUUAAUGCUUCGACGAUUAACGCGAAUGUCUGUUGUAAUUUCUAUUGCAUUCUGUAUUUGUUGGUUACCUAAUCAAAUAUAUUUCGCUUUAAUUGCUCAACAUUUAAUUACUUAUGACAUAACUAUCCAUAUGUUCACGAAAACCCUCGUAUCCAUGAACUCUGCCAUUAAUCCAGUAAUCUAUGCUGCCACAAAUGUCUAUUUCUACAACGAACUAGCAGCUCUCAUAAAGUACAUUUUCUGUUGCAAGCGUCCACAGCGACAAAAAUUAUUUGUAUCGGUUUAA